AUGGCUCCGGCACCCCAGCCGGCUCCUCGGCGCCGCAUCCCGCUAGCAGCACAGCUGGCUCCGCAGGAGGAGGCCACCAAAUUAAGGAUGAGAAAGAGCUGGAGCUGGCUCAUCGGCGGGGCCGUUGUCUCCCACCCAUGGGCCUCCCACUCCGGCCGCUCCUCCGUGACCGACCUGGAGAUCAAGUUCCAAUACCGGGGCCGUCAGGUCUGCGUCCUCACCAUCAGCAACCCCCACGGCUGCCGCCUCUUCCACAGCAGCCUGGAGCCCACGCAGGAGCAGGUGGAACUCUUCGGGCCGCUGACGCUGGAGCAGGUCCGCUUCCCCGCCACCGACGCCAUCCCCAACGAGAAGCAACGUUUCUACACCCACCAGCUCCUGGACGUGCUGGACCGCGGGCUCAUCCUGGAGCUGCAGGGCCAGGACAUCUACGCCAUCCGCCUCUGCCAGUGCAAGGUCUUCUGGACGGGGCCCUGCGCCACCCACCGCGCUGGCCCCAACCCCAUCGAGAGGGAGAAGAAGACCAAGCUCUUCAGCCUGGAGGGGUUUCUCAACGGCCUCAUCCUGUUCCAGAAGGGCCAGACCACCACCCCGCCCCCCUUCGAGAUCUUCUUCUGCUUUGGCGAGGAGUGGCCGGACCAGAAGCCCAAGGAGAAAAAGCUCAUCACGGUGCAGGUGGUGCCGGUGGCGGCGCGGCUGCUGCUGGAGAUGUUCUCAGGAGAGCUGUCCUGGUCGGCCGACAGCAUCCCCCUGCAGAUCUCCCACCCCGACCUCAAGGACAAGAUGGUGGAACAGUUCAAGGAGCUUCACCAGCUCUGGCAGAACCAGCAAUGGCUGCCACCGGCACAACCAGAGCCCGGCCCCACCGCCGGACCCUGGGUGCUGCCACCUGGCUCCCUGCCCCAGUGA